AUGAUCAUGUUCAGAACACUAGCAAGGGAGUUGAAGCUGAACACGAGCAAUGGCAGUAGCAGAUUGUUUGCAAGUUCAGUGGUUGGUGGAAGAAGUAGGUUGGAAGGAAAAGUAGCAAUCAUAACAGGAUCUGCAAGUGGGCUUGGAAAGGCCACAGCCCAUGAAUUUAUCCAAAAUGGGGCCCAAGUUAUCAUUGCUGACAACGACACUCAACUUGGGCCACAAGUUGCAAAAGAGUUAGGCCCAUCAGCCCAAUAUGUGGAGUGUGAUGUCACUGUUGAAGCCCAAAUAGAAGAAGCUGUAAAUGUUGCCAUAACAAAGUAUGGUAAACUAGACAUCAUGUACAACAAUGCUGGCAUUACAGGCCCAAUAUUCCCACCAAGCAUAACAGAAUUGGACAUUGAUGAAUUUGAGAAAGUCAUGAGAAUCAAUGUCACCGGUGUCAUCGCGGGUAUAAAACACGCAGCACGGGUGAUGUUACCAAAGAGCUAUGGAUCAAUUAUUUGCACAUCAAGCAUAAGUGGGCUUUUUGGUGGGCUUGGGCCUCAUUCAUACACAAUAUCAAAGUCUACAAUACCGGGGAUCGUGAAAUCAGUGGCUGGUGAGCUAUGUAAAGAUGGGAUUAGAAUCAAUUGCAUAUCACCAGCUCCAAUUCCUACACCAAUGUCAGUGAGUCAAGUUGGAAAAUUUCUUCAUGGUUUCACUCAAGAAGAAAUAAGGGAAAUGGUUAGUGGGCUUAGUGUUCUCAAAGGUGCCAAAUGUGAGACAAUUGAUGUUGCUAGGGCUGCAUUGUACUUAGCAUCAGAUGAUUCUAAGUUUAUCUCGGGUCACAAUCUCGUAGUUGAUGGAGCGUACACUAGCUUUAAAAAUUUUGUGUUUGCUUCUCCCGAUUAA